AUGCACUUUGACUGGACAAGGAGGAUCGAGAGUUACUUCAAGGAGGGCAAGUGGACAGACUACGACAGGAAGGUGUCUCACCUCGUGCAGUGCAUGGGAGACCUUUUGGCCGACGGUUGCCGCGAGUACCGAGAAAUAGGGUGCACGCAACUCUGGGAGACGGGCGACGUCAGACUGGGCGAGCUGGUGUGGUGCAACGAAUACUACCACCUGGUUCCAAGGAUCCCGAUGACGGCCUGGCUGCGGUCUGGCUGCGUGCCGGACCCCCACUGGACUGACCCCCAGGGUAACACGUGCGAGGCAUAUGCGGGCGUACUUAUCGAAAAGAGCGACUUUUCGGUGCGGGGCUCGGAAGGCAGGAACCCGGUGCACGCCUGCUGCGCGACGCAACAACGGUACAGUGGCGUGAUCUUCGCGCCCGCGCACCGGGAGGCAGGCGGGACCUUCGAGCCCGCGACAGUCUGGAGGCUCCCGUCAGACGUGUGGAAGUGGAACGGGUGCAGCGCAGACGACCGUUGGAGGGACUCUGCGGGCCGCGACUGCUACUCCUACUACAACGGGCUCGAGUUCUUCGACUGGGAUUGGAUGAGCAAGGAUCGUCUCUUUUCCAUGACGCCCAUGGAGGCAUGUUGCCUGGACAAGGUCGGCGGCAAGAUCGUCUACUCCUCGGCGAACUGGCUGUUCAACGGGAACUCCGGCGACGACCGGUUUCACGCAGGAAUGCGACCUGCACCGAGCCUUCUUGCGCGGCCUCCUAGCAGCAGCCCGCGACAUUUUUCAGAGCCAGGUUGA